AUGGCGAGCGACAAGCCAGGCCCGGGGGGGCUCGAGCCUCAGCCCGGAGGGCUCAUCGCUGUCGGGGCCGGAGGCGGCGGCGGGGGCGGCGGGAUGGGCGAAGCCAGGGGCCCGUCCGCCUCCGGCGCGGUGGUGCUGCCCGCGGGGAUGCUUAACCCCUCCGUGCCGAUCCGCAACAUCCGGAUGAAAUUCGCAGUGUUGAUUGGACUCAUACAAGUCGGAGAGGUCAGCAACAGGGACAUCGUGGAGACGGUGCUCAAUCUGCUGGUUGGUGGAGAAUUUGACUUGGAGAUGAAUUUUAUUAUCCAGGAUGCUGAGAGUAUAACAUGCAUGACAGAGCUUUUGGAGCACUGUGAUGUAACAUGUCAAGCAGAAAUAUGGAGCAUGUUUACAGCCAUUUUACGAAAAAGUGUUCGGAAUUUGCAGACUAGCACGGAAGUUGGGCUAAUUGAACAAGUAUUGCUGAAAAUGAGUGCUGUAGAUGACAUGAUAGCAGAUCUUCUAGUUGAUAUGUUGGGGGUUCUUGCCAGCUACAGCAUCACUGUCAAGGAGUUGAAGCUUCUGUUCAGCAUGCUUCGAGGAGAAAGUGGAAUCUGGCCAAGACAUGCAGUAAAAUUAUUAUCAGUUCUUAAUCAGAUGCCACAAAGACAUGGUCCUGAUACUUUUUUCAAUUUCCCUGGUUGUAGUGCUGCGGCAAUUGCAUUGCCUCCUAUUGCAAAGUGGCCUUAUCAGAAUGGCUUCACCCUGAACACUUGGUUUCGUAUGGAUCCAUUAAAUAACAUUAAUGUUGAUAAGGAUAAACCUUAUCUUUAUUGUUUUCGUACUAGCAAAGGAGUUGGCUACUCUGCUCAUUUUGUUGGGAACUGUCUAAUAGUCACAUCACUGAAGUCCAAAGGAAAAGGUUUUCAGCACUGUGUGAAAUAUGAUUUUCAACCACGCAAGUGGUACAUGAUCAGCAUUGUCCACAUUUACAAUCGAUGGAGAAACAGUGAAAUUCGAUGCUAUGUGAAUGGACAGCUAGUAUCAUAUGGUGAUAUGGCUUGGCAUGUUAACACAAAUGAUAGCUAUGACAAGUGCUUUCUUGGAUCCUCCGAAACUGCUGAUGCAAAUAGAGUAUUCUGUGGUCAACUUGGUGCCGUGUAUGUAUUCAGUGAAGCACUCAACCCUGCACAGAUAUUUGCAGUUCAUCAGUUAGGACCUGGAUAUAAGAGCACCUUCAAGUUUAAAUCUGAGAGUGAUAUUCAUUUGGCAGAACAUCAUAAACAGGUUCUAUAUGAUGGAAAACUUGCAACUAGUAUUGCAUUUACGUAUAAUGCCAAGGCCACUGAUGCUCAACUAUGCCUGGAAUCCUCACCAAAGGAAAACGCAUCAAUUUUUGUGCAUUCCCCACAUGCUUUAAUGCUCCAGGAUGUGAAAGCUAUAGUAACACAUUCAAUUCAUAGUGCAAUUCAUUCAAUCGGAGGGAUUCAAGUGCUUUUCCCACUUUUUGCCCAACUGGACAAUCGACAGCUCAAUGACAGUCAAGUGGAAACAACUGUCUGUGCUACUCUUUUGGCUUUCCUGGUUGAACUCCUUAAAAGUUCAGUAGCCAUGCAAGAACAGAUGCUGGGUGGAAAAGGCUUUUUAGUCAUUGGCUACUUACUUGAAAAGUCCUCACGAGUUCAUAUAACUAGAGCCGUUCUAGAGCAAUUUUUAUCAUUUGCAAAAUACCUUGAUGGUUUAUCUCAUGGAGCACCUUUGCUGAAGCAGCUUUGUGAUCACAUUUUAUUCAACCCAGCCAUCUGGAUACAUACACCUGCAAAGGUUCAGCUUUCUCUAUACACUUAUUUGUCUGCUGAAUUUAUUGGAACUGCUACCAUUUAUUCCACCAUACGCAGAGUAGGCACAGUGUUACAGCUAAUGCACACAUUAAAAUAUUACUACUGGGUCAUUAAUCCUGCUGACAGUAGUGGCAUUACACCUAAAGGAUUAGAUGGUCCACGGCCAUCACAAAAAGAAAUUAUAUCACUACGGGCAUUUAUGCUACUUUUUCUGAAACAGCUAAUACUAAAGGAUCGAGGGGUCAAAGAAGAUGAACUUCAGAGUAUAUUAAAUUACCUACUUACAAUGCAUGAGGAUGAAAAUAUUCAUGAUGUGUUACAGUUAUUAGUGGCUUUAAUGUCAGAACAUCCAGCCUCAAUGAUACCAGCUUUUGAUCAAAGAAAUGGAAUAAGGGUAAUCUACAAAUUAUUGGCUUCAAAAAGUGAAAGUAUUUGGGUUCAAGCUCUGAAGGUUUUGGGAUACUUUCUGAAGCAUUUAGGUCACAAGAGAAAAGUUGAAAUUAUGCAUACCCAUAGUCUUUUCACUCUUCUUGGAGAAAGGCUGAUGUUGCAUACAAAUACUGUGACUGUUACUACAUACAACACACUUUAUGAGAUAUUGACAGAGCAAGUAUGUACUCAAGUUGUACACAAACCACACCCAGAACCAGAUUCUACAGUGAAAAUUCAGAAUCCAAUGAUUCUUAAGGUAGUGGCCACUUUGUUAAAAAACUCUACACCAAGUGCAGAACUGAUGGAAGUUCGUCGUUUAUUUUUAUCUGACAUGAUAAAACUUUUCAGUAAUAGCCGUGAAAAUAGAAGAUGUUUAUUGCAGUGUUCAGUAUGGCAGGAUUGGAUGUUUUCUCUUGGCUAUAUCAAUCCUAAAAAUUCUGAAGAACAGAAGAUUACUGAGAUGGUCUAUAAUAUCUUCCGAAUUUUGUUGUAUCAUGCAAUUAAAUAUGAAUGGGGAGGCUGGAGAGUCUGGGUGGACACACUCUCAAUAGCGCAUUCCAAGGUCACUUAUGAAGCACAUAAGGAAUACCUAGCCAAAAUGUAUGAAGAAUAUCAGAGACAAGAAGAGGAAAACAUUAAAAAGGGAAAGAAAGGGAAUGUGAGCACCAUCUCUGGUCUUUCAUCGCAGACAACAGGAGCAAAAGGUGGAAUGGAAAUUCGAGAGAUAGAAGAUCUUUCACAAAGCCAGAGCCCAGAAAGUGAGACAGAUUACCCUGUCAGCACAGACCCUGGAGACUUGCUUAUGUCAACAAAAGUGUCAGAUGAUAUACUUGGGAAUUCAGAUAGACCGAGAAGUGGUGUACACGUGGAAGUGCAUGAUCUUUUAGUUGAUAUAAAAGCAGAGAAAGUGGAAGCAACAGAAGUAAAGUUGGAUGAUAUGGAUUUAUCACCAGAGACCCUUGUAGGUGGAGAGAAUGGUGCCCUUGUGGAGGUUGAAUCUUUGUUGGAUAAUGUAUAUUGUGCUGCUGUUGAGAAACUUCAGAACAAUGUACAUGGAAGUGUUGGUAUCAUUCAAAAAAAUGAAGAAAAGGAUAAUGGCCCAUUGAUAACAUUAGCAGAUGAGAAAGAUGAUCUUCCUAAUAGAAACACAUCAUUUCUCUUUGAUAAAAUACCCAAACAGGAAGAGAAACUCCUUCCUCAACUUUCUAGCAAUCACAUUAUUCCGAAUAUUCAGGACACACAAGUGCAUCUUGGUGUUAGUGAUGAUCUUGGGUUACUUGCUCACAUGACUGGUAGUGUAGAUUUAACUUGUGCAAGUAUAAUAGAAGAAAAAGAGUUCAAAAUCCAUACAACUACAGAUGGAAUGAGCAGUAUUUCCGAAAGAGACUUAUCAUCUAAAGGAUUAGAGUAUGCUGAAAUGACUGCUACAACUCUGGAAACUGAAUCUUCCGGUAGUAAAAUUGUACCAAAUAUUGAUGCUGGAAGUAUAGUUUCAGAUACUGAGAGAUCUGAUGAUGGCAAAGAAUCAGGAAAAGAGAUCCGAAAAAUUCAGACCACUACUACAACACAAGCUGUUCAGGGUCGGCCUCUUACACAACAGGACAGAGAUCUCCGAGUUGAUUUAGGAUUUCGAGGAAUGCCAAUGACUGAGGAACAGCGACGCCAGUUUAGCCCAGGCCCACGCACUACAAUGUUUCGUAUUCCUGAGUUUAAGUGGUCUCCAAUGCACCAACGACUUCUCACCGAUUUACUAUUUGCUUUAGAAACAGAUGUACAUGUUUGGAGAAGCCAUUCCACAAAGUCUGUAAUGGAUUUUGUCAAUAGCAAUGAAAACAUUAUUUUUGUACAUAACACAAUUCACCUCAUAUCCCAAAUGGUAGACAACAUCAUCAUUGCUUGUGGAGGAAUUUUACCUUUGCUCUCUGCUGCUACAUCACCAAGUACGGAAUUGGAAAACAUCGAAGUGACACAAGGCAUGUCAGCUGAGACAGCAGUAACUUUCCUCAGCCGAUUGAUGGCUAUGGUUGAUGUACUUGUAUUUGCCAGCUCUCUAAAUUUUAGUGAGAUUGAAGCUGAAAAAAACAUGUCGUCUGGAGGUUUAAUGCGACAAUGCCUAAGGUUAGUUUGUUGUGUUGCUGUGAGAAACUGUUUAGAAUGUCGGCAGAGACAAAGGGACAGAGGGAACAAAUCUUCCCAUGGAAGCAGUAAACCUCAAGAAGCAACCCAAAGUAUGACUGCCAUAGCAGCUUCAAAGAAUUCAUUAGAAAAUGUUCCAGGUAACCUCUCUCCUAUUAAGGACCCUGAUAGACUUCUUCAGGAUGUUGAUAUUAAUCGCCUGCGUGCCGUUGUGUUUCGGGAUGUGGAUGAUAGCAAGCAGGCACAGUUCUUAGCUUUAGCUGUUGUUUACUUCAUUUCGGUUCUGAUGGUUUCCAAAUACCGUGACAUAUUGGAACCCCAGCGAGAGACUGCAAGAACUGGAAGUCAACCAGGUAGAAACAUCAGACAGGAAAUAAAUUCACCAACGAGUACAGUUGUGGUCAUACCAUCUAUCUCUCAUCCAACUUUGAACCAUGGAUUCCUUGCCAAGUUAAUUCCUGAACAGAGUUUUGCCCACUCAUUUUACAAAGAAACACCUGCUGCAUUUUCAGACACUGUAAAGGAAAAAGAAACACCAACCCCUGGUGAAGAUAUUCAGCUAGAAAGUUCCAUUCCUCAUACAGAUUCAGGAAUUGGAGAGGAACAUGUGGUUAGCAUCUUGAAUGGGGCAGAAUUAGAGCCUAGUGCAGGCCCUGAUGCCAUGAGUGAACUGUUAUCCACUUUGUCCUCUGAAGUGAAAAAAUCACAAGAAAGCUUAACUGAGAAUCCUAGUGAAAUUUUGAAGCCUGCACCAUCCAUAUCUAGCAUUAGUCAAACCAAAGGCAUUAAUGUCAAGGAAAUAUUGAAAAGCCUUGUGGCUGCUCCAGUUGAAAUUGCAGAAUGUGGCCCUGAUCCUAUUCCAUAUCCAGAUCCAGCAUUGAAAAGAGAAGCGCAAGCUAUUCUUCCUAUGCAGUUUCAUUCUUUUGACAGGAGUGUCGUGGUGCCUGUGAAGAAGCCACCUCCAGGAAGUUUAGCUGUAACCACUGUGGGAGCCACUGCGGCCGGAAGUGGGCUGCCAACAGGCAGCACUUCUAAUAUAUUUGCUGCUACUGGAGCUACACCAAAAAGUAUGAUUAAUACAACAGGUGCAGUGGAUUCAGGGUCCUCGUCCUCUUCCUCCUCUUCUAGUUUUGUGAAUGGUGCUACCAGCAAAAACCUUCCAGCUGUACAAACUGUUGCUCCAAUGCCAGAAGAUUCGGCUGAAAACAUGAGCAUCACUGCAAAACUUGAAAGAGCUUUAGAAAAAGUUGCUCCACUUCUUCGUGAAAUUUUUGUAGACUUUGCCCCAUUCCUAUCUCGUACACUUCUUGGCAGUCAUGGACAAGAGCUAUUGAUAGAAGGCCUUGUUUGUAUGAAGUCCAGUACUUCUGUGGUUGAGCUUGUUAUGCUGCUUUGUUCUCAGGAAUGGCAAAAUUCUAUUCAGAAGAAUGCAGGACUUGCAUUUAUUGAACUCAUCAAUGAAGGAAGAUUGCUAUGCCAUGCUAUGAAGGACCACAUAGUUCGUGUUGCAAAUGAAGCUGAGUUUAUUUUGAACAGACAAAGAGCUGAGGAUGUACAUAAACAUGCAGAAUUUGAGUCACAGUGUGCCCAGUAUGCUGCUGAUAGGAGAGAGGAAGAAAAGAUGUGUGACCAUCUCAUUAGUGCUGCAAAACAUCGAGAUCACGUUACAGCAAAUCAACUAAAACAGAAGAUCCUUAACAUUCUCACAAACAAGCAUGGUGCUUGGGGAGCAGUUUCUCAUAGCCAAUUACAUGAUUUCUGGCGUUUGGAUUACUGGGAAGAUGAUCUUCGUCGAAGGAGACGAUUUGUUCGUAAUGCAUUUGGCUCCACUCACGCUGAAGCAUUACUCAAGGCUGCAAUAGAAUAUGGCACUGAAGAAGAUGUUGUGAAGUCAAAGAAAACAUUCAGAAGUCAAGCAAUAGUGAAUCAGAAUGCAGAGACAGAACUUAUGCUGGAAGGAGAUGAUGAUGCAGUCAGUCUGUUACAGGAAAAAGAAAUUGAUAACCUUGCAGGCCCAGUGGUCCUCAGCACGCCUGCCCAGCUCAUCGCUCCAGUGGUGGUGGCCAAAGGGACUCUCUCGAUCACCACGACAGAAAUCUACUUCGAGGUAGAUGAGGAUGAUGCAGCUUUCAAAAAGAUCGACUCUAAAGUCCUUGCAUACACUGAGGGACUUCAUGGAAAAUGGAUGUUCAGUGAGAUACGAGCUGUAUUCUCAAGACGUUAUCUUCUACAAAACACUGCUUUGGAAGUAUUUAUGGCAAACCGAACCUCAGUUAUGUUUAAUUUUCCUGAUCAAGCAACAGUAAAAAAAGUUGUCUAUAGCUUGCCUCGGGUUGGAGUAGGAACCAGCUAUGGUUUGCCACAAGCCAGGAGGAUAUCACUGGCUACUCCUCGACAGCUUUAUAAAUCUUCCAACAUGACUCAGCGAUGGCAAAGACGGGAAAUUUCAAACUUUGAGUAUUUGAUGUUUCUUAAUACGAUAGCAGGACGGACAUAUAAUGAUCUGAACCAAUAUCCUGUAUUUCCAUGGGUCUUAACAAACUAUGAAUCAGAAGACUUGGACUUGACUCUUCCAGGAAACUUCAGGGAUCUAUCAAAGCCAAUUGGUGCUUUGAACCCAAAGAGAGCUGUGUUUUAUGCAGAGCGUUAUGAGACAUGGGAAGAUGAUCAAAGUCCACCCUACCAUUAUAAUACACAUUAUUCAACAGCAACAUCCACCUUAUCCUGGCUUGUUCGAAUUGAACCUUUCACAACCUUCUUCCUCAAUGCAAAUGAUGGAAAAUUUGACCAUCCAAAUCGAACCUUCUCAUCAGUUGCAAGGUCUUGGAGAACUAGUCAAAGAGAUACUUCUGAUGUAAAGGAACUGAUUCCAGAGUUCUAUUACCUACCAGAGAUGUUUGUCAAUAGUAAUGGAUAUAGUCUUGGAGUCAGAGAAGAUGAAGUGGUAAUAAAUAAUGUUGAUCUUCCCCCUUGGGCAAAAAAACCCGAAGACUUUGUAAGGAUCAACAGGAUGGCCUUGGAAAGUGAAUUUGUUUCUUGCCAACUCCAUCAGUGGAUUGAUCUUAUAUUUGGCUACAAGCAGCGAGGACCAGAAGCAGUUCGUGCUCUGAAUGUUUUUCACUACUUGACGUAUGAAGGCUCUAUGAAUCUGGAUAGCAUCACUGACCCUGUGCUCAGAGAGGCCAUGGAAGCACAGAUACAAAACUUUGGACAGACACCAUCUCAGUUACUUAUUGAGCCACAUCCACCUCGGAGCUCUGCCAUGCACCUGUGUUUCCUUCCACAGAGUCCACUCAUGUUUAAAGACCAGAUGCAACAGGAUGUGAUCAUGGUGCUGAAGUUUCCAUCAAAUUCUCCAGUAACCCAUGUGGCAGCUAACACACUGCCCCACCUGACUAUCCCUGCUGUUGUGACUGUGACCUGCAGCAGACUGUUUGCAGUGAAUCGAUGGCACAAUACAGUAGGCCUCAGAGGAGCUCCAGGGUACUCCUUGGAUCAAGCCCAUCAUCUUCCCAUUGAAAUGGAUCCACUCAUUGCUAAUAACUCUGGUGUGAACAAACGGCAGAUCACAGACCUUGUUGACCAGAGUAUACAAAUCAAUGCACAUUGUUUUGUGGUCACAGCGGAUAAUCGCUAUAUUCUCAUCUGUGGAUUCUGGGAUAAGAGUUUCAGAGUUUAUUCUACAGAAACAGGGAAAUUAACUCAGAUUGUAUUUGGCCAUUGGGAUGUAGUCACCUGCUUGGCCAGGUCUGAGUCCUACAUAGGUGGGGACUGCUAUAUUGUGUCAGGGUCUCGAGAUGCGACCCUGCUUCUGUGGUACUGGAGUGGGCGACACCAUAUCAUUGGAGACAACCCUAAUAGCAGUGACUAUCCUGCACCACGGGCUGUUCUCACGGGCCACGACCAUGAAGUUGUCUGUGUCUCUGUCUGUGCAGAGCUUGGACUUGUUAUCAGUGGUGCGAAAGAGGGCCCUUGCCUUGUCCACACAAUUACUGGAGAUUUGCUGAGAGCCCUUGAAGGACCAGAAAAUUGCUUGUUCCCGCGCUUGAUUUCUGUCUCCAGUGAAGGCCACUGUAUCAUAUACUACGAACGAGGGCGAUUCAGCAAUUUCAGUAUUAAUGGGAAGCUUUUGGCUCAAAUGGAAAUCAAUGAUUCAACCCGGGCAAUUCUCCUGAGCAGUGAUGGCCAGAACCUGGUGACUGGAGGGGACAAUGGUGUGGUCGAAGUCUGGCAGGCCUGUGACUUCAAGCAGCUGUACAUUUACCCUGGAUGUGACGCUGGCAUUAGAGCAAUGGAUUUAUCCCAUGACCAGAGGACUCUGAUCACUGGCAUGGCUUCUGGUAGCAUUGUAGCUUUCAAUAUAGAUUUUAAUCGGUGGCAUUAUGAGCACCAGAAUAGAUACUGA